AUGACACUGAUGGUAAGAUAUUGCUUCUUUCUGGGCAUCACCUGGUGCCUUUUUGCGGCCGUCACGGAGGGCGGUGGGCAGCAGAGCUCCGCCCGCCGCUACUUCGACGUUAAGAAUUUUGGCGCUCGGGCUAACGGGAAGACCGACGAUAGCAAGGUUGGUCGAUUCUCACCGCCUCUCUCUCUCUCUCUCUCUCUCUCUCUCUCUCUCUCUCUCUCUCUCUCUCUCCAUCUAGCUAUCUAUCUCUCUCUACCUCUCUCUCUCCGUGGUUCGGCUUCAGCUUCCGUAUCUUAUUUCUUCCUGUCUAUUUCGAGGUUCUCGCUCUAGAUAUUGCGUGUCCACCAGCUGGGCAGCUGGUAAUCACUUUCAAACGAACAAAGAUGUCAGACUUGGGAAAUGGGUAUUGCCCAAUUCAACUCGACCAGUAUCUCCCUCUCUUGGUUAUCUCUCUUGUAGCUAGAGAGGGAGCGGGUGGGGGGCAGCGCGGUGUUUGCCCAAGUCUUCGUACUUUACGGUUCGGACAUUCUCCCGUCCACGGAGUCAGCUCAAGACCCAGCAAUUCCGAGAGAGAGAGAGAGAGAAUACGAACCUUGACUCAGAGGACGUUUGCCGAUUCUCUGAUGAUAUCACCGCGCAUGCAGGCGUUCAUGGCGGCGUGGGCGGCAGCCUGUCAUUCCACUGGCAACGUGAGGCUGGUCGUCUCCAAAGGCACCUACCUUCUCGGCCCCGUCAGCUUCAGAGGCCCCUGCCGCUUUGUCUCCUCCUUGACAUUCCAAGUUAAGGCAAGUGUUGCCUCCUAAAUCAUCCAGAUUGCUACAGACAGUCCGAAAUAGAUCGGUUGCAUAUAUAUAUAUAUAUAUAGCGAGAGAGAGAGAGAGGUGACUGGAGAGAAGGGUUAUGAGUGAGGAUUGUGGAUGCAGGGGUACCUGAAGGCGACGACGAACCUGGGAAGUUACAGGGACUCGUGGGUGGAAUUCGGAUGGGUGAACCGCCUGAUCCUUACCGGCGGCAUCUUCGACGGCCAGGGGGCGUCGGCUUGGCCCCACAACACCUGCCCCAAGAACUGGAACUGCAAGCUUCUCCCUACCGUCAGCUCUCGCCCACCCCCGCUUCUCUCUCUCUCUAUCUAAAUUCUUCUUGAUUCUGCGUAAACUUCUCCUUUCUGGUUCACUCAGUCGAUCAAAUUCGUAUCGAUGACGAACACGACGGUGAAGGGGAUAACGUCGCUAAACAGCAAGUUCUUCCACGUCGCGCUGGUGGGUUGCAAGGGCUUCCGCGGCAGUGGGAUAAGGAUCUCGGCGCCGGCGAACAGCCCCAACACCGACGGCAUCCACAUCGAGCAGUCCCAGGACGUCACCAUCCAGCAGUCCUCCGUCUCCACCGGCGACGACUGCAUCUCCAUCGGUCAGGGUAACUCCCGCAUCACCAUCUCCGGCAUCACCUGCGGCCCCGGCCACGGCAUCAGGUCCCUCUCUCUCUCUCUCUCUCUCUCUCUCUCUCUCUCUCUCUCUCUCUCUCUCUCUCUCUCUCUCUCUCUGGCGAAAGCUUACAGUCGUCGCCGACGAGCAGCGUGGGGAGCUUGGGAAAGUACGCCUACGAGAAGGACGUUCGUGGGCUAGUGGUGAGGAACAGCAUCCUCUCCGGGACGGCCAACGGGGUACGGAUAAAGACCUGGGCAAACUCACCGGGGGCCAUCGUCGCCGCGAACAUGACGUUCGAGAACAUCGUCAUGAACAACGUGGCCAACCCCAUCAUCAUCGACCAGCUCUACUGCCCCUACGCCUCCUGCGCCUCCUCCGUGCCCUCGCUGGUCCGCAUCAGCGACAUCUCCUUCAAGAACAUCCGGGGAACUUCUGCUACGCCCGUCGCCGUCAUGCUCAGAUGUAGCCACGGGACGCCAUGCAAGAACGUCCGCCUGCAAGACGUCCACCUCGACCACCCAGGGAGGCUUCGCUCCUCCUCCACCUGCAUGAAUAUCAAGGCCAUAUACAGCGGUACUCAGAUCCCCCCUCCCUGUAGCGUUUAG